AUGAACCCAGUAACAGCUUACAGAUUUAUUACUGCUAAUGAGUUCGCCGUCGUUGGAGCAAGCACUGAUCGCUCCAAGUAUGGCAAUCGUGUGCUGCGAUGGUACCAGGCUAACAGCCUUCCAGUAAUCCCUGUCAACCACAAAGAAUCGGCGGUCGAAUCGAUUCCUGCUAUUGCCAGCAUUGACAAAUUAAAGGAUCCCAGCAAAUCUGCCAUUUCGAUUAUUACACCUCCAAAAGUUACUUUACAAGUUCUCAAACAGGCAAAAGAACUUGGCAUCGAAAAGAUCUGGCUGCAGCCUGGGGCCGAGGACAAGGAUGUGAUGGACUAUGCCCGUGAAGCCGGCCUCGAUAUCAUUGCCGGUGGCCCUUGCAUUCUUGUUCAAGGUCCUUCAUUGAUGACCCACCGUUCAGCAUCUCUUUAA